GGGCCUGCGAGUAUCGAGCUACACCGGCUCGAAAUCAUUUCUCCUCGGCUUCGACACCGAGGAAGAUUUCGUCCGUUGCCCGUUGCUGCUACUCGCGCAAGUCCGUUGUAUACAAUAACGUAUACGAUUUUUUUUUUGUUUAAUCAAGUCCAGUAGUGCGCGAUCGAAUUAAAUAAUUGGAAAAAUUAUUUAUAUCAUUUUGUCGUGAUACGUGGUAGUAAACGUGGUCGAACGGAAUUUUGGGGGAUCGAAACAAAAAGAAGAAAAAAACAAAACAAGCAAAAAAGUGAUGACUUGCUCGAGAGCAGGAGACGAUGAUAACUUUGUGAUCAGUUCGCGGUGGUAUUCGGCGUCCAAAUUUCUUCUCGGUUGACGGGUGAUCGUAAAUAUAUACGUAUAAUAAUACAAAAGUAAUACGACAGAAGUGCGCGAGUGACGAAUACAAAAAAAGUACACGGAUAUAUGCGAAACGAUGCCUCCCAGUCGUAGUUCCGCUCUCUGAAUCGGUCCGAUUCGAUAAUACUCUUCGUCUCCUCCGCUAUCGCCCCAUCGAGAUCGCCGUCACCGAAGAUCGAUACACAAUAUCCGAGAGACGAGAGGGUUGAAGAAAUAGAAAAAAAAAAAAAAAACGAAAAGGAUCGAGAUGAGAUCGUUUCCGCUGCCACUGGUGCUGUUGGUGGUGGUGGUGUGCUGUCUGCUACCGAUCGACCGAUCGGUCCUGGUCCAGGCCACCGGCGAGGCGUCGUCGAUCGGUCUGCACUCGAUCGUCCCGACGACGCACGACGACGAUGCCGCCGCAGCAGCAGCAGCAGCCUCUGUGCCCGGUAACGGUGAUCCGGUGUUCGACGCCUCGGGCAACUGGACGACCCUGGCCGAGGCGCUGGACGUGUUCAGCGCCCGCAAUCUGGCCAGGAACUGGGCGCGACGCGGCGGCGAGCUGCUCGGCAUCGGGCCCGAGUGCCGCAGGGACGUGACGACCUACCUCGAGAGCCUGAAGCGUCAGGAGCUUUGGGCGCUGAAGAUGGACGACGCAUCGGGCCGCUUCACCAACGGCUUCUUCUGGGGCAACUCGUACUACGUCGGCUCGGCGACCGAGUGCGAGUUCAUCGGCCAGGGCGUCUCCAAGAAUCCGUCGCUCACCAGCAGCAGCAACGUCGAGACCAUCAGCGAGGCCGAGGAGUUCAACGCCGAGCCGCACAAGAAGCGCGUCACCACGGGUAAUCGGGGCUUCAGCGGCCAGUCGGCCGGUCAAUCCGCGGCCAACGUCGACGCGCUACUGACCUCGGCCAAUCUGCUGCUGGACGAUCGCUCGCCCUACCCGCUGGGCUUCUUCAUGAUGCGCAUCAACGUGAACUCGACCAGUCCGCCGCUGCAGCGACUGCUGCAUCUCGGCGUCUGUCUGCCGUACUCGUGUCGCGCCGCGGACGUCGAGCUGAUCGCUCGGCUGUCGGCCGGCGACGCGGCGGCCCGCUACACCCGCGUGGAGAAGGUACGCGACCAGCGCAAUCCCUACGACAUGUGGCAAGACUCGGUGUUCUGGGUUCUCUUCGGCGUCAGUGCCGUGGUGCUGUUCCUGCUGAUCGGCGGCACGAGCUACGACGUCUACCUGAGCAAGCGGGCCAAGCGCAAGCAGCUGGCCUUCGAUCUCGAGCGCCACAUCAAGCUCGAGCAGCUCGCCGCCGUCAAUUGCAAGCUCCAGAACGCCGCCGAAGCUGAAGGUAGGAUCUACAUUGCUGUUCCAGUAACGGAGCCCGUGAUCAACGGUAGCUCCUCGAACGGCGCCGCCGUCGGCGCUGCUGUACCCAUCGGGGUCACCACCGUCACCAAUGGCUCGGCGGCGGCGGCAGCGGCUACUUCGACGGUGGCGACGACGGCUUCGUCGAACUCGCCGGUCAACAACAACAACGAUCACGAGGGCAGCCUGCGCCCGCCCACGCCCGAUUUGCAGAAUCUCAACGUGUGGGAGGAGCUGCUGCUGUCGUUCUCGGUCAAGGAGAACCUGCGCGUGAUCUGCGACAAGGAGGUGGGCCGCGACACCAUCAGCACCAUCCACGGUCUGCGCGCCCUCUCGAUGCUCUGGGUCAUCCUCGGCCACACGUGCAUCGUCGUCUUCAAGUACUCGGACAACACCGAGUAUCGCAAAGUCGUCGAGCGCCGUCUCCUCUUCCAGACCAUACAGAACGGCGCCUUCAGCGUGGACACGUUCUUCUUCAUGGGCGGUCUGCUCGUGAGCUUCCUGUACUUUCGCACCAACGCCAAGGGCCAUCUCAAUCGGCUGACCCAUGGCAAGCGCGGCUUCGUCCCCGGCCUGCUGCAGUUCCUCGGCUUUCUCGCCUAUCGCUUCUGUCGCCUCACCGCGCCCUACAUGUUCGUCCUCGGCGUCACCGAGAUCUCCAUGAAGUGGUUCAACGCCAACUCGGUGUUCGAGCCGCCCACCGCGGACCACGAGAACUGCCCCAACUACUGGUGGCGCAAUCUACUCUACAUCAACACGCUCUACCCCGUGGACCAGAUGUGCAUGCUCUGGAGCUGGUACGUGGCGGACGACACGCAGUUCUACAUAGUCGGCGCGGUGAUCCUCAUCUUGGCGACGAAUCAUCUCAAGUGCGCCGCUGUCACGCUGGCCGCACUCAUGCUGAGCUCGUGGCUCACCACGGGCUACAUCGCCCUCGUCAACAAUCACAUGCCCAACACGGACGACCCCUUGGCCCUCUUCGACAAGAUCUACGACAAGCCCUGGACCCGUCUCGGGCCCUAUCUCAUCGGCAUGGCCCUCGGCUACGUCCUCUUCAAGACCGACUGCAAGGUGAAGAUGAGCCGCGCGACCAACUUCAUCGGCUGGCUGCUGUCGGCGGCCUGUCUGCUCUCGCUGCUGUACGGCCUGUACGAGGCCGAGCUGUCGCCGGUGACGGGGGCCGCCUACUCGUCGCUCAGCCACACCGCCUGGGCGCUCAGUCUCGCCUGGAUCGUAUUCGCCUGCAGCACCGGCUACGGAGGCUACGUCAACAGCAUCCUGUCGGCGCCGCUGCUCUAUCCGUUCAGUCGGGUCACCUACUGCGCCUAUCUCAUACACCCGCUCACACUGCGUCUCACCGCCAUGAACAUGGACUCGCCCCUGCAUCUCGGCAAGGACUCGGUCGUCAUCACGUUCUUCGGCCAGGUCGUGGCCUCCUAUCUGCUCUCGUUCGUCAUCUCGGUGUCGUUCGAGGCACCCGUCGUCUCCAUGCUGAAAAUCCUCUCGCCCAAGAAGAGGAAACGAGUGCAAUGAGAGAGGAAAACCCACACACACACACACACCCGCGCAAAGAAAAUAAAAUGCAACGAAUAUAUUUGAUAAAUAAUAGGGGGUCCCCCUCGUUCGUGUCGAUCGGUUACUAUACAUUAUAUAGAUGAGAGCUCGGACAGAGAUUAUUAUUAUUUUUAUUUAUCGAUCGAGAUCGACGCGAAAGCGGGGGGUCCUGCAACGUGAGAUGUCACGUUCGAGAUUAUUGAAAGACCCGGAGCGCGUGAAAUUUUCUUCGUUUUAUUUCGUAAGGCAUCAUUAUUAUUUUCUUUUUGUUGUUAUAUUUUUUUUCCAUACCGUCGUAUACGAGGGGAUAUUAUUAUCGGAAUCGAGGAAAAUCAUUCGAAGAUUUUUUCGCGUAUACAUGUGUGUAUUAUACAGAGAGAGACUAUAUGCGAUCGUUUUAACUUUUGUUUCCCCCGCCCGCUCGAUUGCGCAUCGAGCGAAAUUCGGAAAACCAAAAUUAUUGUGUAAUAUUGGUCGCGAGGACGAUAUUAUUACGUAGGAAGAGCGAUGAGAAAAUCUCAGUUAACCUUGUACAAGUUUGUUUCUUAUUUUUUAUGACCAUUAAGAUCUAAGUGUAAUAUAUUAAAAAAAACAAAAAAUCUCGUGUUUAAGUGUGUAAAUGUCUCGCUAGUAAAAAUUCGUAUUUUUUAUCUAAUUUACUCUUAAUUAGUUUUUUUUCAGUCGGAUCGUUGACUGAAGCUCGUGUAUCGUUUCUAUUCGGUUUUACAACAGGAAUAGUUGAUUUGUUUUUAUUUUUUUGUAUUAGCGCUCCGUUGCUCCACUCAAACUGUCGGAGCAAUUAUGCCAACAUGUACUUGUAUAGAUAAAGAGUUUAGAUUAUAAGUGUAUUUUAUAUGUAAAGACUUGUAACUAAUAAUAAUUAUUAAAAGUACAUCUGUUGAAUAAAAUCCAUAAAAGACGUA